CUUGAACUUCUCAACCCCACUCUGAGGGAGGCAGAAGAAAGAUGGAUUCACGCACACCUUUGUCACUUUUUCUCUAAUUUUGUGGCACAGUUCUAAAACAAAUGCAGUCCAUUAAUUUCCACGCAGGCUUUUAACGCAGCGUACGUCACGUGGAGCACCAAUCAGCAGGCUUGUUGUGAUUAUCUGGAGAGUGAGUUGUUUCUGUGAAGCAUUGCCAGCAGAAACGUGAAGGCGCGUAAUUGGUUGCGCAGUGGAGUCUCUGUUAAAUGCCUCUCCAGCUGAAGUGACUCCCCCCCUCUCUGCACUCCUGAGCUCUCUCAUCCCAUAGCACUGCAAGCAGAGAGCGCACUACUGGAACUCUUUGAAACUUUCUAUUUAACUUUCUGUAUCGUUAUUUUUCAUCAUGUUUUGGUCUCUGUGCGUAAUCGUAGCCUUUGCUUCUGUGCCAACACACGCACAGAUCACCGGCCGGUAUGUUAUCGGAUGUCCCGCUCGUUGUGACAAGUCGAUGUGUCCAAGGGUACCAGCGAACUGCCCGACGGGACAAGCGCUCGACGCCUGUAACUGCUGCCUGGUGUGCGCGUCCGGGGAAGGUGAAGCAUGCGGCGGCAGCGGGAAGCUUGGGGACCCGAUGUGCGGUGAGGGGCUGGAGUGCUCGGUGCCCGGCGGGGUGGCGUACACCGUGACGGUGAGGAGGAGAAGCAAGAGUGGGACUUGCGCUUGCAAAACCACCGACCCAGUUUGUGGGAGCGAUGGGGUGUCAUACCGGAAUAUCUGCGAGCUGAAGAGGGUGAGCCGCCGCGCGCAGAAGCUGCAGCAGCCACCUGUGCUCUUCAUUCAGCGGGGAGCCUGUGGGAAAGCUCAGGACAACCCGGACAGCCCAAGACACAAAUACAACUUCAUUGCCGAUGUGGUGGAGAAAAUUGCUCCAUCUGUGGUUCACAUUGAACUCUUCCGCAAGAUGACCUAUUCCAAGCGGGAGGUGGCAGUGGCCAGUGGUUCUGGCUUUGUUGUGGCAGAAGAUGGCCAGAUCGUGACCAAUGCCCAUGUCGUGGCUAACAAGCACAGGGUGAAAGUGGAGCUCAAGAACGGCGGCUCCUAUGAUGCCAAAAUCAAAGAUGUGGAUGAGAAAUCCGACAUAGCGCUCAUCAAGAUCGAAGCACCGACCAAGCUUCCUGUCCUGUUGCUGGGCAGAUCUUCAGACCUGAGGCCGGGGGAGUUUGUUGUCGCCAUUGGAAGCCCGUUUUCCCUCCAGAACACAGUUACCACAGGAAUAGUCAGCACCACUCAACGAGGCGGCAGAGAGCUGGGCCUUCGAAACUCAGACAUGGACUAUAUUCAGACUGAUGCCAUCAUCAAUUACGGCAACUCAGGAGGGCCUUUAGUAAAUCUGGAUGGCGAGGUGAUUGGAAUCAACACCCUGAAAGUGACAGCUGGUAUCUCCUUCGCCAUACCCUCAGACAAAAUUCGAGAGUUCCUGGCAGAGUCCUAUGACAGACAGUCUCGAGGGAGAGGAGCUGCCAAAAAGAAGUAUAUUGGUGUGAGGAUGAUGACUCUUACUCCAGGGCUAGCCAAGGAGCUGAAGACUCGACACCAUGACUUUCCUGACAUCACCUCUGGAGCUUAUGUUAUGGAGGUCAUCGCAAAAACACCAGCUGCAACUGCUGGACUCAAAGAGCAUGAUGUCAUCAUCUCAAUAAACGGCCAGAGGAUCUCAACAGCGACUGAUGUCAGUGCUGCCAUCAAGACUGCUGACACCUUGAGGGUAGUUGUGCGCCGUGGAAAUGAGGACGCUAUCCUAACAGUUGUUCCAAUGGAGAUUGACCCUUGACCCUCAAUAGGAAAAAACACAGGAGCUGGAGCUAGUUUUUACUCAUUACCAGUGGACCUUAAAUUUGAUGGGGGGGCUUUUACUGACACGCCCUCUCCCUGUGGCCAAAGGCCAGUGUUGCCACACAUCCAGGAAAAUUCUGGCUUUGUCUUGAAAGGAAUGUAUGGAGGCUGAGAAUGGCCAAAAUAGCAGUUAUUUUUUAUGCUGUAAUCUUGAGAUCACAAGUUAAGUGCUUAAUAAUCUUGAAAUAACAUGUUGAGGGGUUUAUAUAGUUUGUUAUCUCAAGAAAACAAACAGAACAUUUUCCAGAUAACGAAGUCAUUGAUUCUGAGAAAAUGCUUUAAGUUUCCCUGAGAACAGUUAAUAAUCUCAGAGGACUCAAUAAUUAGCGUUGAGAUCAUUUACGCACACAUGAUUUAAACUUUCUACAUCACUGUCAUGGCUGAUGAGUCUGAUAACUUAAUUAACAGUGUUAUGCUGACUCAACUGAAUGUUGUCUCUUCCACCAUGAUUUUCUUCAUGUUUCGACUUGAAUUGAAAUACUGUCCCUUUAAAUUAGCUGUGACAGAUGUCAAGAGCUCAUCUGGAUUGCAUGGCACUCCUGAUGUCUGAUAGAAGUAAUAAGAGGGACAGAUUUUGCCCGUGACAAUAGGAUGGAUACCUCUUGAGUAAGAAAUAAAAUUAUGAUUUUAUGUUAACAGUUCUGAAAAAACUUUUUCCAGGCUUUUUUUUAGCAUCUGUAGAAAAUGCCUAAGUGAUUCCACUUUUAGUCUUUAACCCUUUAAACAUUUCUACUACUGUGUGGUCACAAGUUAGUUUAAUGAAUUGGUUACAGGCAUCUUAUUUUAACAGCUUUCUCUUGUUUUGUCUUUUUUAUAUGGACUUUGGCUCAGUCAGGCCUUCCUCUGCAAAUCCUGGGCAACUUAAGAGACAUGAUGAGCAAAUCUGAUUUGUAUAAUUGUUUUAUAAACUCCUUUUUAAAGUACUGUAGAAUCUUUUUAUCUAUUAAGUGAUGUAUACUGAGAAGAAAAUAAAGUUUAUGUUCUUUUGUUUUGACUCUCACCCUUCAAA